AUGAAGGUCAAGAAGCUUUUGCUGUCCAAAAACUUCCCAGUGUUCACAUACACAGACCAGGGUGCUCUUCUUGAAGACCAGCCAUUUAUCCGGAAAGAUUGCUAUUAUCAUGGCUAUGUGGAAGGGGAUCCGGAUUCCCUGGUUUCUCUGAGUACCUGUUUUGGGGGCUUUCAAGGAAUAUUACAGAUAAAUCACAUUGUUUAUGAAAUUUUGCCCAAAAAGCUUUCUACCACAUUUGAACAUCUGGUAUUUAAGAUGUAUGGCGAGGAGAAACAAUUCUCACCCAUGAGGUGUGGAUUGACAGAUGAAAAAAUAGCACAACAAAUGAAGUUUCAAGAGAGCAAUAAUUCCACUUUGCAAAGUGGAUAUAAACGUCUGUGGAUGCACAAGAAAUUUGUAGAAAUGGCAGUGGUGGUAGACCACAAUCGAUAUGCUUAUCGCGAAUAUAAUGUCACGACUGUGGAACUGGAAGUGAUUACUACUAUGAACAACGUAAAUACCUUCUAUCAACCACUAAAUAUUGAGGUGAGUUUAGUUGGAAUGGAGGUCUGGAAUGAAGGAAACCCCGUUGAAAUAAAGAACAUGGAUAUACUCGUGGAUUUAUUUUGCGCCUGGAAGGAAAAAGGCUUUAGUGCCCGUGUGCCCCAUGAUGCUGCGCAUGUUUUUGUAAAAAGAGGAUAUGGUACGUUUGGCAUAUCUUAUGUUGGGUCAGUAUGUAACUACAAUACUAAUUGUGCAGUGGAUGCUUUCACAAGUGACGAUUUGGGGUCUUUUGCAUUUGUUGUGUCCCAUGAGCUCGGUCAUUCUCUGGACUGCAAGUUCACGCCAUCAGGUGAUGUAUGUAGAGAACAGGCAAACGAAUGUGAUCUUCCCGAGUGGUGUGAUGGGACAUCCUAUCAAUGCCCAGAAGAUGUGCAUGUGCAAGAUGGCGCCGAAUGCCCAGGUGGUGGCUACUGCUAUGAAAAGAGGUGCAAUAGCCGUGAUGAACUGUGUAGCAAACUUUUUGGCCCAAAUGCCAAGAGUGCGAGUCAGAUUUGCUACAGUACAGUGAAUAUCCAAGGGGACCGUUUUGGUAACUGUGGUCUCAAGAACAAUCAAUUUAUAAAAUGCAAUACCUCAGACACCCUGUGUGGGAGGGUGCAGUGUAAGGAUGUGACAAAAAUCCCCACUCUGAGAUACCAUUCUACUCUGCACUGGCUUCACCUCAAUGAUAGCAUCUGUUGGGGUAUAGACUUCCAUUAUGGGAUGCCCUGGCCUGAUCUUGGUGAAGUGAAAGAUGGUACAGAGUGUGGCAAAGAACAUAUCUGUGUCCGAAGGAAGUGUAUCCCUUUGGCAUAUUUGAAAACCAAUUGUUCGCCUGAGACCUGCAAUAGGAAUGGGGUCUGCAACAAUAGACAUCACUGCCAUUGCGGCAAUGAGUGGGACCCCCCUGACUGCCGGGUUAAAGGCAAAGGAGGCAGUGUUGAUAGUGGCCCACCCCCAAUAGGAAACGAGGUUGAAGUGCCACAGAAGAAACAGCAAAAGAAGACUUACCAGCUAUUAUUUUGGUUGAUUCCUUCUUCGCUACCACGAAUAGUGGAAACUAGAGGGAAACCGGACAUGGGAAAUGUUUUGGGAAUGUUGUUCGUCAGAGUUGCCUCACUGACUCUCACCCUGGCAAAGGCAGUGCCUUACAAUCUUUACGUUACCACAUACAGACGUAAAUGUAGAUAUAGAUAA